AGGUCAGGAAGUGGUGAGCUCGUCACGAGUGAAAGGUGCCCAUGCAGUAGCUACAGUUUUAGAUCAUCUGUAAAGUCUCAGGUAAUGAACAUGUCAAGCCUAAUGGAUAGACUGCUGCGCACCUAUCUGCUGAUAUUUUCCUGUUUUACAUUUGUCUGCAUCGAUGGAAGAGAUCAAGACUUGUUUCCUUCAUGUGAAGUUACACUGAUGGUCCAUAGAGGCACGACAUUAAAAACUGCCCCGCGACAACCACUGACAGUCAAAUGUCCUGUCAAACACUGUGGAGAAUCACUAGAUGUUGCCUGGUGUAAACUGCUCAACACAAACAGAUGUGAACAGAUUAAUGAAACUGGGAAUGUAGAAAUAUUACAGGAUGAAAUGAUCUCAUCUUUGAUUUUCAAACGGAUAUCCAUUUAUGAUGACGGCCUCUACAGAUGUUAUUUAAAAGGAUCGAAAUAUGUGGCGGUCAGUCACAUCAUCAACAUCUCAGUUUCGGACUUACACCAUGGGGUUAAAAAGUCUGACAUUAAUGCUGAUGAGUUACCAAGCGCUGCUGAUGGUGAGGAAGAGUCCUGGCUGCCCUACUUCUACAUCUGCGUUAGCAUAACUCUUCUGGUCGUCAUUUUGACAGUGAUAACCCACCUGAGUUUUUAUGGCUGGAAACGAAUCCUGACUUUCAAUCAUGCAGAGGGACAGGAAAUAUCUACUCAUGUAAUACCCAACCUUCCCAAGGGGAAUGCUCCUUUCUCUCCUGUCUUGAAAACCCACUUCUCCAUUCUGGAUGACAUUUACUAUCCAAGUACAGCAAGAAGACCGCUACCACAACCUCCCCUGAUGAACAAUGGGAACCAACCUGCUGUGGCAGAUAAAAGUCAAACGUCAGACCAUGCAGUCUAUGCUAUCAUCAACCACCAGCAGUCUAGGGUAUGUGCCAGAGAACAGCAAACCGUGACUGAACAAAAUAAAAAUUCAGAAUAUGCUACUAUCAACAUUUCCUGAACACUUUUGAUUAGUCAUUGCCACAUGCAGAUGAAAACAUAGAUGGAAAAAUGUACACAAGUAGGUGGUGGUGUCAUGGAACAGGCAAGGAAGUUAAGCAAUCAACCACACCGCAGAAGAGGCGAACAGGGGAUUCUUGUGGUCAUGCAAAUGCACAGUACAGUCAUAUUGAAUUAAACUGGCUAGACAAGCAGCAUAGAAUUUUUUAUCCUACCUUGUUCCAAGAAAUGCUGCUUUUAAUUAUUAAUGUCUAGGUUGUUUUUACCUUCAGUCAUUUAACUUACAUGACUUGGAAGGUUUCUUAUGUACUUAUUUAACUUUGUUGGCUAAAGGGUUGAGGGUUUGUUGUUAAAAAACAGUGGGUAAGUAGAUUUGUCAUCUGCAGGCUCACUGAACACUGCUUGUGCAUUCUUGUUUCCGAUUUGGUAGUAUGUGUAGCAAUAUAAGCCAAUAUAUACAUUUUGUUUUUUGUUACAGAUGUGAUGUGCUUAAUAUUUAUUUUUGCAUUAUUUCAGGUGUGAUGACCAUUUGAGUAUUUGAAGAGCAAUGACAUUAUGAGAAAAUAUAAUGACGAGUCUGGUGUUGUAUCUCACGUUUCCUGACGAACAUACUGACCUCAGUGUUUUUCAUUUCCACCGGUGGAAAUGCUGUACCUGGCCUGCAAACCACACCCGUGUGGUUUUGUUUAAAUGUGUAGGGCAUUGAAAGAUUUGUAACAUUGACAUCAUUUGUGGUAGCAAAUGCCCCGCUUCUUCUCAACCACACAUGGUUUGACUACUGAGAUCAUGUCAUGUAGUGGUCUUACCGUGUGGUCUUAUCAUUACAGAGAUCACACGCUUAGCAAUAACAUACAGGAAAGAGGAUUAUUGAUUGGCCUGAUAAAGUUAAUUCACAUAAACGCUUAACAGAAACACAAAGAGGGGAGGCAAAGAUUUGUCUUUCUUAUACAAUCAAUUAUCUUGAGGCUCCUUCAGAUUUGUCUUAAGAUCCCUAGAGGAGGGUCCUGACCCUAAUGUUGGGAACCACAUAGACUAUAUCUAGGCAUUUCCGUCGGUUUGCACUCAAUAAAAUCAUCAGCAAAUGCACAAUUAAGUAUGCAGAAGUUAUCUAUUAUUAUGUGCUAUUAGGCCUUUGCCUUAUCUGGUAAGUGAUGAAAAUGUUAUUAUGAACCUGGCUAAAAUGAUGUAAUAUGAAGCUGUCCACUUCCAUGAUCAGUGGUGAAAACCCUGAUACUUGUGAAAAUUGCUGGAAAAGAAAACCAAACCUUUCCAUUUUGAGUGAGUACUAUACUAAUAAAUCAGAAAAACCACAAUAUUUUUUUCUAAUCUGGUGACUUUUAAGAUUUUUUUUGUUUGUUUAUUUCACAGGUAAAUUGUGAAUGUGUUGCUCCCAAAUCAAAUCACUUCUUUUAACUUCUAUUGUAGGCCAUGGGCCAAUUUUUCUCUCUCUGCUUUUAGUCAGUCAGAAAGCAAAUAAAAUGUAAUGACAGAAUUC